AUAAAGCUACAUCAGCUGUUUGGGUUUUUUUGACAUUUGUUAUUGUUGUCAACUGUCAAAUAUAAUUUACAAAAAUAAGCUUAAUUUGUUAAUUAGUAAAAUUAUAUUUAAAAAAUGACUGCAAAAGUUUAUCAAGCUGAUCAUGAAUUAGAAACUCGAGUAAAGAAAGCAACAGAAAGAAUAUCAGAAAAUAUGCAUAUUGUUGCAAAUGAGCCAUCAUUAGCAUUCUACAGAUUACAAGAACACGUUAGAAAAGCACUACCACCAAUGGUAGAAAAACGUGUUGAAGUAUUAGAAUUAAAAAAACAAUUACAAGGUCAUUGUUAUGAUGUUGAAUAUGCUGUAAGUGCUAUAAAAACAAUGCAAGAUGCUGAUAAAAGUUUUAUCAAUACAAUUGAGCUAAUUAAAAAUUCAAUACAUUUAAAACAACAACUUAAAUUUGAAGAACAACGUAGAAAUAAAAAAGAUGGUCAAAGAGAUUCAAUGUAUAAAAGAUUAUCAGCUCAUAUACCAACACUUGAUCAUUUGCCUGAUGAUAUAUCUGAUGUUGUACGUGAAACAGCAAAUAGAGUUGAAUCAAUGAUGAAUCAUGCUAGACAUACAAAUGAAUUACAAAGAUCUAAUACAACACAAAAUUAAUUUACUCAUUAAAACAAAUUUAAAUAAUUCAACCACUAUUAAUUAUAUUUUUAAAACAAGUCUGUUUAAUUUACAAGCUGUAUUAUUAAUUAUAAAAAAUAUAUUUAUAGUUUAUUUUAUAUAUUAUUAUUUUAAUUGAAUUUACAAAAAUAUAUAUCUUAAUGUUGAUUAAU